AUGCCGAGAAGAACAAAGACUGUUGCUCCAGACUCCUCCACCGUGGGGGCAGUCCUUCCGGAAACAUUUACGGAUGGAGGUCCACUACCUAAACUCUUCGCCUUCGAUCUGGAUUACACUCUAUGGCCAUUCUGGGUCGACACGCACCCCACGCUCCCAUUCCGGUAUUCAAACCCUACAACAGUCCUCGACCGUGUAGACACGCCUUACGGCUUCUAUGAUUCUGUGCCGCGUAUUCUACAUGCUCUACGCGCAAGGAAUAUACCAAUUGCCGCAGCAUCAAGAACUCAUUCCCCGCAGGGAGCGAGGCAAGCGCUCUCGCUCCUUGAGAUUGAGGGAGAGAAGGCGAUUGGGUACUUUGAUUAUAUGGAGAUCUACCCAGGCUCGAAGAUCACCCAUUUCAAGCGAUUGAUGAAAGAAACUGGCAUUGACUAUGAGGAUAUGCUGUUCUUUGAUGAUGAACAUCGUAAUGCGGAGGUCGAUCGUCAACUCGGAGUGUGCAUGGUGCAUGUGCUAGAUGGUAUGGAACCGGGUGUGGUUGAUGAGGGUGUCAGGGAGUGGAGAAAGAGGAGAGAAGAAAGGGAUGUAGAAGAGGAUCAACUAGACGAGGAGAAAUGA